UUUGUGAAUUUCUGACCUAGUGGCCACUCAGUGCUCAUGUUUUAAAAUAAUAGCGUUCGAAAAAUAAAUGAAAAUGUCGUUAAAAGCUUACGAAGAUGCAUGUACGAGAGCGGAAUUGUUUGGUCAACCUUUGCCAGACAAAGAAGAUUUUUUGCAAAAACACAAACAUUUGGACGUUGUGGAAUUCGAGGAAGUGGAAAUUAGGACUGCUGAGAAUACAGCGGCCCUAGACGAAGAUAUAAAAGAUGUAAAGGGUGGCCUAAAUGAAUUGAACGACAUUUUAAAAUCAACACAGACCAAAAUAAACAAACUAAAGGGUGUCUGCGGCAGCAUUACAAAUUUUUUUCGCAUAAACUUAUCGUCGAAGGAUAACUUAUCAUACUCCACCGAACCCAGUUACGUCGGUCAAACCAACUAUGACAAAGAUUACGUUCCACCUACGAACACAGAAGGAGGCUCUAUAAAUGAAGGUCUUGGUCCAAACGACAACGAAAUGACACCGCGAGCUGGAAGCUCCAAAAACAAACAUGGCGGCGAUAUUAAUUCCGCGUUAGACGAUUUGAAAACCAUGCAAGACAAUGAAGAAACUUCGCUUUUAAAAUCAGCAACAAAGGAUAUUGGUAGCAGUGUAACUUGCCAGUUUGGUAAGUUGGAUCAGAUGAUCAGUCAGGCGGACAAGGCUGAGUCGUCAAUGAAGCAUCAGAAUAAACAAAUGAGAAGUUGCUUGCGAUAAUUUUCAAAUAAUGAUCAUUACGAUAACACAUUCUUAUGCAAUCGUGCUCACUUUGUCACUAUGUAACUCUUAUUAUAAUGUAUCUCAACGUAAAUUUAACGUGACCUUUAUUUAUUCCUUUUAGAGCGGGACGCCUGUAAAUUUAUUAUUGUUUUAAAAAUAAAACACCAUGUUUGUAAGUUACC